AAUCCGUACAUUCGUCAUUCAGCAGGAACAUGGAGAGGCAGCUUUUGUCUGUUCCCAAUCUCAUCGCCAAAAAACGAGAUGGUAUGGAACUCUCUAAAGACGAGAUCGAGUUUUUCGUGCAAGGGGUAGUCUCAGAAAUAGUUGACAAAUCCCAAAUCGGUGCCAUGCUGAUGGCGAUGUACUUGAGGGACCUCAGUGUGGCAGAGACCACGUGCCUGACCCGCGCCAUGAUGAACUCCGGCGACACGCUCAGCUGGCCAAAGGAAUGGGCGGGGCUUGUUGUUGAUAAGCACAGCACGGGAGGUGUUGGGGACAAAGUCAGCCUCAUUCUGACCCCGGCAUUGGCUGCGUGCGGGGUAAAGGUACCAAUGAUCUCAGGGCGGGGUCUGGGACACACUGGAGGGACCCUGGACAAAUUGGAAUCUAUCCCAGGAUUCCAAGUGUCAGUGACAACGGAGAAGCUGUUGGAAAUUCUUGGCACGGUGGGAUGUUGCAUUGUGGGACAGACAAAAAGUUUGUGUCCCGCGGAUAAAGUUAUCUAUUCCAUACGUGACGUUACGGGGACAGUCGGUCAUAUGGGACUCAUUACUGCUUCAAUAAUCUCGAAAAAGGCUGCAGAGAAGCUAGAUGCUUUGGUACUGGACGUCAAAUUUGGUCACGGUGCAUUCCUAAAGGACAAAAACGAAGCAAGGACACUUGCACAGCGCAUGAAUAAUGAGCAACAGAUUCCAUUAAAACGGGACGUGCCAUCAGUGUACACAGACCGACCUUACAGUGAGGUGAAGAGUCUCUCUUCACAAUGA